AUGGGAAAACGCAAGCAACAACUGGGCGACGUCCCUAUGGACGGCACACAGCCGGAGGGCGACGAGUCCGACGAUGUAGGCGCGCCCCCCAAAACACCCGCAGUGUGCGACAUCUUACUGACACCAUGGGCACAGGACAUUAACAUGGUCAAUGUGGAUUUCGAAUGGUUCGAUCCGCAGCCUGCAGUCGACUUCCACGGCCUCAAGAACCUCCUCCGCCAGCUGCUCGAUGCCGACUCCCAGAUCUUCGACAUGUCCGCGCUGGCCGAUUUAAUCCUGUCGCAGCCAUUGCUGGGGUCGACGGUCAAAGUGGACGGCAACGAGUCAGAUCCGUAUGCAUUCUUGUCUGUAUUGAAUCUGCAGGAGCAUAAGGACAAACCCGUCGUCAAAGACCUGACCAACUACCUCAAAACCAAAGCCGCCUCCAACCCAUCCCUAUCCGCCCUCCAUCAACUCCUCUCCCAGACCCCGAUCCCGCCCAUCGGCCUCAUCCUAACCGAGCGCCUGAUCAACAUGCCGUCCGAGGUAAUCCCACCCAUGUACAACAUGCUGCUCGAGGAAAUCAGCUGGGCAAUCGAAGACAAGGAGCCAUACACUUUCUCGCACUACCUGAUCAUGUCCAAGACCUACGAGGAAAUUGAGUCGAAACUCGACAUGGAGGAGUCGCGCCCGCAGAAGAAAAAGAAGAAGGGCACCGACCAGCCCGAGCGCUUCUACUUCCAUCCGGAGGACGAGGUCCUCGAGCGGCAUGCGCUGUGCUCGGGGUCAAUCGAGUAUACGCACCAGCACGACGAGGGCCACUCGGACUCGAAGCGUGCAUUCCAGGAACUGGGAAUUAGCACGAACGGGAGCUUGGUCUUGAUUGAGGCGGCUAAGUUUGAGCCGGCUGUCAAGGCUGUUACUGAGUACCUGCAACCGUCGAUGUGA